UCUCUUCAACCCGCUCGGUUCGGCUCGGCUCGGCUCUGACUGCGGGGACGAACCCGCACAUGUCCCGAGGAGCAGAACCAGGAAGUUGGGAUCCGGUUCUGACCCGGAAUGACGCGCUGCGGGCGGACUGUGCGGUGAGUUCGGCGGUGUUUGCGUGGCAGAGCGGUUCUGGAGCUGCCGCGGUCCGGACCGGGCCGACGUCCCGUUCCCGGUCCCGGUCAGCAGCAGGAACCACCGGGACGGGAAUUCUGCCUCCUCCAGAACCCGGACCCGGUCGUUCCCUGCGCGGUUCGGCUGGUUCCGCCUCCGGGGGGGAUCAUGGCUUUUCUGACCAAGAAGAAAAAGUUUAAGUUCCAGGUCCACUUCGUCCUGGAGGAGCUGACCGCGGUUCCGUUCGUCAACGGGGUUCUGUUCUGCAAGGUUCGGCUGGUGGACGGGGGGGACUUCAGCAUCUCCUCCUCCAGGUGGGCCGGGCCCACAGCGCAGAACCUGCAGAACCAGUCCAGAACCAGCCGCUCCGCCCGGCUGCAGCCGAUGGGGAAACCUCUGGGCGGUUUCCGGGAAACGGUUGCUGACUGCUUUGUUUCGUCUCUGCAGGAGCUGAAGGGGGGGAAGGCCUACUCCAAGCUGGGAUUUGCUGACCUCAACAUUUCUGAGUUUGCUGGUUCCGGCUCGACGGUCCGCUGCUGCAUCCUGGAGGGCUACGACACCAAAAACACCCGGCAGGACAACUCCAUCCUGAAGGUGACCAUCGGGAUGAUGCUGCUGUCUGGAGAUCCCUGCUUCAAAACGCCUCCCAGCACGGCUAAGUCGGUCCUGAUUGGACAGGAGGACCCCAACCUGCAGCUGGCCUGUAAGGGGGACAGCACCGCCUCUCUGCAGCCAGCAGGGGGCAUCGUGGACGGGCCUGGUGCCGUAAAGCCCAGACAGUCGUCCGGUCGUGGUCCAGGGCGGCCGGAGCAGCCGGACGGCCUUCGCGGCCCGGAGGACGUCUUCCUCACUCGGCACGUCCGCAGCGCCAGUCAGCACAGCAGGAUAUCAGGCUACAGCACCGGUCACUCCCGCUGCUCCAGCCUGACCGACCUCGGCCACCACCGGAACGCCUCGUCCAGCAGCGGCGCGUCCUGCGGCGCCGCUCAGCCCCCCGCCACGCCCACCAAGCCGGAGCGGCCGCCCCCGCCCUCGGCUGCCGCCCUGCUGUCCCACCGCUCCUCCAGGAGGAAGAAGGACGCCGUGCAGCGCCAGCGGAGCUGCGUGGACGACACUCGCAUCGACGCCGACGACAUCGUGGAGAAAAUCGUCCAGAGUCAGAACUUCUCAUCCGGCGGCAACGACGAAGACAGCCACCUGAGACUGUUUGUCAGCAAAGACGGGACCACGGCCCUGAGCGGGACGCGGGUCGCCACCAGAGGUUCUCCGGGCGUCUUCGAGCCGGUGGUGAUCGGGACUCACUGAGGUUCUCCUGCUGACCCGGUUCAGUCGGAACCAGCGGGUCCAGUCCGCUCCGGGUCGCUCAGCUGGAACCGUCUGGAUUAUUCCAGCAGAGCCUGGCAGGGACCGGUUCCUCCAGAUGAUUCACCCUGAAUGUGUGAGGAUUAUCCUGGAUUAUCCUGGAUUAUCCUGGAUUAUCCUGGAUGAUCUGAUGCUCAGAGAGUAAAAUUGUUUCCUUCUUUUUAUGCACAGAAACGUAUUAAAACCCAUAAAGUUAUGAAUUUUUCUCAGAGUCGGAUGUGAAGCUGCAGGCAGAUUCAAUGCUUUUAUUCUGAAACGUUUCAACAGAACCGGUUCUGACCCGACUCAUCAGAACCGGUUCGCUUUAAGACAACAGAGUUCUUUUAUGAUGACGUCACAAAAUGUUUGGUUGUAAAACUCAGAGGAUUAUUUUACUUUAACGCUGAAGAUAUUAUUAUUAUUGUUAUUAUUAUCAUUAUUAUCAUUGUUAUUGUCGU